AUGAAAGACAAGGGCAUCUCUCCCUUGACCACCUCGAAGCUGGCGAAUCAAGGCUAUCCAAAGCCGCCUCACAGUCUGCUCACCAGUAACUCCUAUCACAUGGAGAAAUCCUUCACGAGGCUGUCAGAGCAGCAAAAUUCCAUCGCGUCCAAACCAGUGGAAGACGAUGGUUCCUUCUUAAGAGUCCAUGACCAGACCCCUUCGAGCACCUCGCUUCCCAUCACCCCAGUGACCGAAGGUUUCUCCGCCACGGCCCCGAAUACGCGUCCAGCCAGCGUUGCGCUUGAGGAACCCCGUGCAGAUGCUGAAGAAGUGUUCCGCCUGAAACUGCAGCUUGCACAGGCUCGGAACCACAUCUCCAAGCUGGACCAAGAGCUUGCCCAGUCCCGAUCUGUCAAGGAAUCCGAAGCAAUGUCUCGUGCUGAAGCAGCUCCUCGGGACAGUAUCUGGAACAGAGGCACCCCGGAUGAUACUCAGUCCGAUACUAGCGAUUCUACCACCGCCGCACUCAACCGUGCUCGUGGAAUCUGGGGAACUGCCAAGGCGUCCUUCGCCAACAACGCCUCUCUUCCACCGCCUGCUCCCGAGCCAUCUCCGGCUCACUGGUUCGGCGGUCGAGGAUUUAACCAGAACUGUCUGGAGCCAAACUCGCCUUACGUCUUGGUCGGCAAUCAUCGCCCUGAACGACAGACCCCAGAUCACGAUUUCAUGAUGCGUCCCCCGUCAAACCGACGUGGUGCUCGUUUCGACAGCCGAGUGAACGCAAACCACCAGUUUGGAGGGUCCUUCGUCAAUAUCAACGGUCCGGCUCAUCAGUUCGACUCGGUUGGUGGCCCACUGCCCGUUCCAGUGCCAGGCUCCCACGUUGGUGUCGGACCAGCAAUGGCUCCUAUGGGCAUGAACAUGUACCCCCAGUUUCAUCAACAAGCAAUGGGCACUCCUCUUUCUCCCCAUGCCUCCGAGUUCACUUCAAAGGCCAGCUGGAAGAGCGAAGUAGCUAGCAGUUCGAUGGAGAUCACUCAUUAUCACCCACAUGCUGAUGAGAAACAGAUCGUUGCGUCCGAGGGGCCAACUUAUCUCCCACCAACAGAGCCUCUCAACUACCGUCGUCUCCUCGACCGAAACGUGAACUGCAACUGGAAGUACAUUGUUGACAAGAUUGUCUGCAACAACGAUCAGCAAGCUUCAAUCUUUCUGCAGCAGAAGCUCAAGGUGGGAACACCCGAACAAAAGUAUGAGAUUGUCGAAGCAAUCGUGGCGCAGGCGUACCCCUUGAUGGUCAACAGGUUUGGCAAUUUCCUCGUCCAACGCUGCUUUGAGCACGGAACCCCGGAACAGGUCAUUAAGAUUGCCGAAGCCAUUCGUGGCAAUACUCUCAAUUUGUCCAUGGAUCCUUUUGGAUGCCAUGUCGUCCAGAAGGCCUUUGACUCGGUCCCAGAAGAGUACAAGGCAAUCAUGGUCCACGAGCUCCUCCGUCGUAUCCCCGAGACUGUGAUUCACAGAUAUGCUUGUCACGUCUGGCAGAAGCUUUUCGAACUUCGAUGGACCGAGUCUCCUCCCCAGAUCAUGAAGUUUGUCAAUGAGUCGCUCAGGGGAAUGUGGCACGAGGUUGCCCUUGGCGAGACUGGCAGCCUGGUUGUUCAGAAUAUCUUUGAGAACUGCCUCGAAGAAGACAAGCGUCCUUGCAUUGAAGAGGUCCUUGCCAAUAUCGACAUUGUGGCUCACGGUCAGUUUGGGAACUGGUGCAUCCAGCACAUCUGCGAACACGGUGCUCCCCCUGACCGCAGCCGGGCCAUUGAUCACGUCAUCCGGUAUGCCGCGGAGUAUAGCACCGACCAGUUCGCCUCCAAAGUUGUGGAGAAGUGUCUCAAGAUUGGUAGUGCCGAGUUCCUGGGUCGAUAUCUUGAUAGAGUUUGCGAGGGACGCCGCGAUCGCACCCGCAUCCCUCUGAUUGACAUUGCCAGCGACCAGUACGGAAAUUACCUUAUUCAGUGGAUUCUUAACAACGCUUCUCCUCAACAUCGUGAGAUGGUUGCUGCCCAUAUUCGAAAGCACAUGGUCUCUCUCAGGGGCUCCAAGUUUGGAUCUCGUGUCGGGAUGCUGUGCACCAAUCACGCGGUCACGACUCGCCCGGGCCCGGGAGUUGGACCGGGCAUGGGCAGCGGCCGCAUCGGAGGACCAGGACCGGCACGUUUCGGGACCUCUUACCGUUGA